CGCGCGUUGGGAUUGGGUAGCGGGGAUCACGUGGGGCGUUGGGCGGAAGUGAGGGGCUGCGACCAUGUUACGGCAGGACAGCAUUGAAGACAUUGAGGAUGUGUCUCUCUUUGAUGCAGACAGUGACAUAUCCAGGAGAUCAAAAAAGUCAAAAAUAAGGCACCCAGUGGCAUCGUUUUUCCACUUAUUCUUCCGAGUCAGUGCAAUAGUUGUGUAUCUGCUCUGUGAGCUCUUAACUAGCAGCUUUAUUGCCUGCAUGGUGACAAUUAUCCUCCUCCUGUCGUGUGACUUCUGGGCUGUAAAGAAUGUCACAGGGCGGCUGAUGGUCGGCCUUCGCUGGUGGAACCAGGUGGAUGAUGAUGGUAAAAGUCACUGGGUGUUUGAAGCCAGGAAGGUAUCGCCUCAAGGCAGUAAAAGCUCAUCAGAAGCAGAGUCCCGAAUUUUCUGGUUGGGUCUGAUUACCUGCCCUAUGAUCUGGGUGAUCUUUGCGUUCAGUGCUCUCUUUUCCUUCAAAGUGAAGUGGCUGGCAGUGGUUGUGAUGGGAGUGGUGCUUCAGGGAGCCAACCUUUACGGUUAUGUCAGAUGUAAAGUUGGCAGCAGAAAGAACCUGACGAGUAUGGCGACCAGCUAUCUUGGGAGGCAGUUCUUGCGGCAGACUGUGGCUAAAGAGGAGCAGACAGCAUCCUGAGCACUGUGGAGGCCUCGAGCCAGACCGGAUUCGCAGCAGUGGACAACAGGAAUGUUGCUCUGACCAUGAGAUUUGGGACUGCACACGAGUUGUGAAUUAUAAGAAGUAAAUAAAUUGAGCAAGGCUUCAGGUUAACACUCCUAGCAACUUAUCUUUGAUUUUCCAGUAACAGUUUGUGUUUCAGUCUUUUCUCUAUUUGAUUAAUUAGAAUUAAUUUAGCUAAACUUUAAAUUCAAAGGUAUUCUAGGUGGCUUCCAUGCAGGUUUAGAACUACCGGAUGGGUUAAGAGAAAAUUGCUGGACAUCUUCUUCUGGAAAACCAUGCACAAGCCCAGCCCUGUUAUCCACAAACUCGUCCGGCUCCUCCAGUUGGUGCCUAAGGUAGUUUCGGUUGUGGACUCGGCUGUGUUUUGUUCUUGGGGGUCAUUGCUGCUUCUGUUACGAGGUUUAGGUCACGGUGUCUUGACUCCACAUCUCUCAGUCUGGUUUGUAUGAUGCUGCGGUGGGGAGAUUUGAAGGAAAUGUCGCUGCUGGCUCGGUAGGACGACUGCCAAAGGCUCAUAGGAACUACAGAAAGCGAUUUCUUAGCAGCCCCAUCUUUUGGGUAUCCAAAGCAUUCUCUGACGUCACAGAGAAUACCUUAAAGCCCUGGAUUUACAGAAAGUCCCACUUUUACCUCUUAAGCCUGCAUCUCUAUGGAGAGCAUAGCAAGAGUGGAACCCGGUUAGGAGGAAGGCUGCAUGCACGAUGGCAGUGGCAGAGCGAAUCUGAGAGCGGUUGUCUGACCAACACUGUUAAAGCAAUGCCUCAUGCGUCGCUGUGCCAUUCAUGCCUUCAGUGCCUCAGGAGUUUUCCCUAGCCAGGAGGGCAUAGGGUGAUGUGGCCUGCAGUUUCCUCGGGGUCAGGGAAUGUGACCCACAGGAGCUUGCAUUCCUUGAAUCCAUGUGAUGCCUGUCCUCACACCGUGCUCCCCAAGGAGCUGAGGGCUGGAAAAGCCUUUUGUAGGUGAAACGUUGGCUGGCAGUGUUCACUGAGAUGGCAGAAAGUGGUGUGUUCCAUGUGGAAAGCUGUAUGGAAGGGGUCAGUUCCUUCUUGUCAUGGAGUUCUAUUCAAGGCAGGUUGUGCUUUCCCAGCAGCAGAUGUUGUGAACUUUGGAUGAGGUAUUUUAAUAAGAAGGUGGUUUCUUUUUAAAUAUCGGGUAUUGCAAAUUGUGGGCUUGUGUUAACGCAAUUCCUCUCCCUGUGUGUAGCAAUACCUGGGAGCUGUACAUUUGUGUAACUUUGGAUCGAUUCCUUCCUUUUGUAAAUAUGUAUUUAUAAAAUCUUGAUAUUAAAACAAUGCUUUGUUUAACCA